ACCUGCCCCACUAUUGGCUGGCUGUAUAACACUGCUGAAUUCCAGCUUCUAAACAGAGGGUAUCUAGAGAAAACAGACACAGAAGCAAUGACUAUGCAGCAGGCCAAGGGUAGCUGAGAACUGGUCCUUUGACUACAGUGCCUCCAAUAUUGAGUUGUUCCUCUGGCUUAUAGUUCAUCAUGACCACUGGACUUAACAUGACAAAGCCGAUCUGUUUGGUGGAGAAUAAGGAAAAUCAGCUGAGGGUAAAUCCUGAAGCUCUGGAGAUUCUUGAAAAGAUAUCUCAGCCUGUGGUGGUUGUGGCCAUUGCAGGACAGUAUCGAACAGGAAAAUCCUACCUGAUGAACCACUUGGCAGGACAGAACCAUGGUUUUCGUUUGGGCUACACAAUAAAAGGUGAAACCAAGGGCAUCUGGAUGUGGUGUGUGCCCCACCCCUCCAGGCCAGACCACACGCUGGUUCUUCUAGACACAGAGGGCCUGGGGGAUGUGCAAAAGGGCAACUCUGUGAAUGACUCCUGGAUCUUCACACUGACUGUGCUUCUCAGCAGUGUGUUUAUCUACAACAGCAUGAACUUUAUCAACCUCCAGGCCCUGGAGCAACUGCAUUAUGUGACUGAACUAGCAGAGCUAAUCAAGACAAAAUCCUCUCCUAGCUCUGGCAAAGUCAUGGACUCAGCAGAGUUUGUGAGUUUCUUUCCAGACUUUGUUUGGAUUGUACGGGAUUUCAAGGUGAAAUUAGAAUUAAAUGGACAUACCAUUACAGAAGAUGAGUACCUGGAGCAUGCUUUGAAGUUGAGUUCAGAUGAAAGUAAACUAAUACAGCAUUCAAACACAGCUAAAGAGUGUAUCCGGAGUUUUUUCCCCAAGAGGAAAUGCUUUACCUUUAGCCAACCAACAAAGGAUGAUGAAUUAUUACUCAGUCUUCACAAAGUAUCAACAAACCAACUGGAAUUAAAUUUUCAAGAGCAAUCUAAAAAAUUCUGUUCAUAUAUCUUUACACAUUCAAAGACCAAGACCCUAAGAGAGGGAGUAAUUGUCACUGGAAACAGACUGGGGACUCUGCUCAAGUCCUACAUAAACGUCAUUGACAGUGGAGGAGUACCCUGCUUGGAAAAUGCGAUGAUAACUCUGGCCCAGCAUGAGAACUCCAUCGCUGUGCAGAAAGCAGACCACCACUACAGUGAGCAGAUGGCGAGGCAAAUAACAUUCCCCACAGACACUCUCCAGGAGCUGUUAGAUGUGCACACAGACUGUGAGAGGGAAGCCAUUGCAGUCUUCAUGGAACACUCCUUUAGGGACGACCAACAGGAGUUCCAGAAGAAACUUGCGCAUACCAUGGAGCAAAAGAUGGAGAACUUCCGUCUGCAAAAUGAAGAGGCAUCUAUGAAAUACUGCGAAGAAGAGCUCAGAAAACUUGCACAGUCCUUGCAGGAAUGUAUUUCAAGUGGAAUUUUCUUUGUGCCUGGAGGACACGCCCUUUACUUAGAAGCAAAGAGAAAAAUUGAAGAGGACUAUGAGCUGCUGCCCAGGAAAGGUGUUAAGGCAAAGGAAGUUUUACAGAAGUUCCUGGAGUCUCAGGCAAUAAUAGAGAAAGCCAUUCUAAAGGCAGACAAAGCACUCAGUGAUGGGGAGAAGGCCAUAGCAGUGGAACGUACCCAACUCAACACAGAGAAGAAUGAAAAUGAGAUGCUAAGACAAAAGCUAAAGGAGAAGGAGCAGAUAAGCAUGGCUCAGUUAAACUGUUAUCAGAAAAAUUUGGCCCAACUGAAAAAAAGGAUGGAAAGGCAAUAUCACAACCAACUUGAAGAGAAAAAAAUGAUGCUAAUGCAUAAGAGAAAGCUCCUGAAAGAACUGCCUGAGGAAGGAUUUCCAGAGAAAUCUGAAAAGGUUAAAGAAGAAAUAAGAAUAAUAGAAGAAAUGAUUAAACAAAUGAAAAGCAAGUGGCCUUCAGUGAUUUCAGAAACUCUUGUUUCUCUGGGUUGUGCACUAUUUUUAUGCCCACUUAUCUGGGUAAAGGCAGUGGGUACAGGGAUAGUGGCUGUUGGCUUAGCUGGAAAACUUAUUAUUUCCAUUAUAGAAAAUGAUAAAAAGGAAAUGUGAUUGCCAAAGAAUAUCAGAGUCUGUUGUAAAAAAAAAAAUUGAGAGGGCUUUGCAAUGGUGCACUUGGUUUAGUUCACAUUAUCAUGCACAAGGUCCCAGGUUCAAGCCCCCAGAGCCCCACUCCAAAGUAGGGGGAAAGUUUCCUGAGUGGUGAGAUGGUGCUAUGCUACAGGUGUCUCUAUCUCCUACUCUAUGAUGUUUUUCUCUCAAUUUCUCUGUUUGAUUAAAUAAAUUAGAGGGUAGCAGAGACCACAUGAUGGUUCAGCAAAAGCCUUUUAUGCCAGAUGUUCCAAGGUCCCAGGUUCAGUCCCCAGCACCAGUAUAAGCCAGAGCUGACCAGUUCACUUGUAUUUCUCUGUGUAUCUCUUUGUAUCUCUCUCACACACACAUUAAAAUAAAAUGAUUUUAAAAUAA